ACCAUGGGUAUAGUGAGAUCUCCAAAAUACCUUCCCAGUGAAGACAACAAUCAGAUCGAGGCAGGAUUAGAUCAUUUAACUACAGAGCAGUGGGAAUCAACAUUGUAUUAUAAUUUGGUGAGUGUCGCGGUGGUCCUGGUGAUGGCUUUGGUAAUUUUCGCCGCAAUGAGCUACCAAUGUGCAGCGACUUGGCGCUGGAUCAAGGACAAAACGUGCAGGGACUACGCAGAAACGGAUUCGUCUAGCACUAAGCAGACCGCGAUAAGGAUAAGCCAUUCUUUGCCAGACCUUCAAACCGAGCCGCUCAAACAAGAGUACGUGCAGGAGCACAAAGAUAAUAAAAAGGUGCUGCGACAGACAACUCUUCCAAUUGUACCGACCAGACAUCAGACGUUUCAGAGGCAAUUGUCCCACCGUUUGGAAAUGCCGACAACGAUUCAAUUCAGCAUCUGCAGUCUCGAGCAUAAAAGCGAAUCUAGCCUUAUCGGACUGAUAAAGCCUGAGUUGUACAAGAAAGAGUUGGUUCGUCAAUCGUCUGCAGAUUCGGCAGGACCAGAGAUGGAAUUCUGCGGCAUACUGCAUUUUUCUUUGCGCUACGACAAGGACGUAGAAGGACUCGUCGUGAAGGUAUUCGAGGGUAGAGAUUUGCCGGUAAAGGACGUAACUGGCAGCAGUGAUCCCUACAUAAAGAUUUAUCUGCUCCCCGAUCGUAAAAAGAAAUUCCAAACAAAGGUACAUCGGAAAAAUCUGAAUCCCGUAUUCAACGAGACCUUCAUAUUCAGUGUUUCGUAUGAGGAGUUGCGUGUUCGUUAUUUGCAGUUUUCUGUAUACGAUUUCGACCGGUUUUCCCGGCACGAUCUAAUCGGACACGUGGUGCUAAAGGGUCUCCUUGAGUCGACGGAUCUGCAACAGGAAAUGGAGUACACAAUGAAUAUACUGUGUCCGCCCCAGGAUAAAGUCGACCUAGGAGAAUUAAUGCUAUCUCUGUGCUACUUGCCGACGGCCGGGAGAUUAACAGUGACUAUAAUAAAAGGGCGCAACUUGAAAGCGAUGGAUAUAACAGGGAAAUCAGACCCGUACGUCAAAGUGUACUUGCUGUGCCAGGGGAAGAGGAUCAAAAAGAAGAAAACUUCGGUAAAACGGAACACCCUCUGCCCAGUGUACAAUGAGGCUCUGGUUUUCGAUGUGCCAGCUGAAAAUAUCGAAGACGUCUGUUUGAUCGUCAAAGUCAUAGACUACGAUAGGAUUGGCGCGAACGAAUUAAUGGGUUGCACAGCGAUAGGAUCGAAUUUCAUAGGUGUUGGGAAAGACCAUUGGCUUGAAAUGUUGGACAAUGCUAGAAAACCUGUUGCUCAAUGGUACACCCUUACCGAAUCAAUACCAGGCCACAUCCCCGAAGGAUUUUCCGAAGCAUUGCCAAUCAGCCUGAGCUGUUUACAUAGCAGGUGAACAAACUAAGAAGACAUUUUUUUGGAUUGGAGGUUGUUUGAUUGAAAUUUUUGUAAUUGGAGGUGCUGUGAAAAAAAAAAUUAGUCGGCAAACGAAACAAAAUAAUUAAUAAAAAAAAAAUGUCAUUAAACGUGUUUGUUGAACAAGAUAACAGUAAAUAAUGUCAUUAUAAUCGUGUGUAUUCAAAGCAGAAAAAAAAAUAA